UCAAGGGACACCAUUAAGGCUGAUUGUGGGCUGAGUACUGAAAUAUACAGGAAUCCUGCUCUCUGAAGUGUCCAAGAGAGCAACAGGGUUGUAUAUUUCACUAUGUUUUAUUCACACUGAUGGAAUGGAGGGGCUGAGCUAAGAACAAUAUGCCUAUUGUAAAAUAUCCUAGGGCUGUUGAGCCUUUCUGGUAUGAAUGGGACAGGAAGGCACAGAAAUGUGGAUUAAGACACACAAUUUAUGCUGUAAAUGGGGAUCACUAUACUGGGGAAUGGUUGGACAAUUUGAAGCAUGGCAAAGGUACACAGACCUGGAAAAGCACAAGAGCAAUAUAUAAUGGUGACUGGAAGUUUGGAAAACGGGAUGGGUAUGGAACGUACAGCAUUCCUGACCCCAUAACUAAAGAAUACAAGAAAGUAUAUUCAGGCUGGUGGAAGAAUGACAAAAAAUGUGGCUAUGGAAUUAAGUUUUACUCGGACAUGGAAUAUUACGAAGGGGAAUGGAGUAGAGGGAAAAGAAGCGGCUGGGGCAGAAUGUACUACCAGGAUGGAUCCAUCUAUGAAGGGCAAUGGUUGGAAGACCAGCACAGUGGCCAAGGAAUGCUUCGCUUAUCAAAUGAAAAUCGGUAUGAAGGAACAUGGAAAGAUGGAAAGAAACAUGGCCAAGGAAAAUUUUUUUAUCUGAACAAAGGCCAGUUGUUCGAAGGUGUGUGGGUAGCAGAUAUUCCAAAAUGUGGAACUAUGAUUGACUUUGGACGAGAAGAUGCUCCUGCACCUACACAGUAUCCAAUACCGAAGAUUGAACUGGCCAAUCCAGAUGAUGUUUUAGAAGAGGCCCUGGCAAUGUUUGACGACAGCCAAGAAUGAGAACAGGCUGCUUAGAAAGAAAGGAGAAAAGAACACAAGACUCUGUGACUUCAUUUGAAUCAUCUUUCUAGAUCCAUUAUAUAUGAGACGGUGUCCUGGAAAGUAGAAAAGCAGAACCAAAGUCCACUUUGUUCUCAAGAAAUUAAUCAUUUCCUCAAAACUGCUGUCAUACACAUUCAUUCUUUAUUUCUGCUUGGACAGGAUCCAUUUUUCUCAGGAGUUUGAAAGUUGAGGAGACCUUAAAGGAAGAAAUAAUUCUGCCCAUGAAUAAAUUAAAGGUUUGACCUCUUGACACUAUAUUAUAGAAAAACUAUAUCUGGUUGUAAACCAAUUUUCAGAUACUUUUAAUACCAGAUGGCCGUGGUCAAGUAGACUGAAAACCAAUGGGCACUCUGUCCAUACUUCCAUAUUUCAGUCACAAAAAUUACAGCCCAUUCUGGAAAGUCUGUAUUUUAUAUUUUCUUCAAACCAGAAAUUACAAACAAACCAGUACAGAUGAAUCAGUGGAAAUACAGGCUGGCAUCCUGGUAUUGCAGAAGUGCAAUUCUGCUGAUGACUGUAGUUAAGGGUUUAUAUGGUGGGGCAAGGACUUUGCCUUGGGACUCUUCUUGGGUCACAAAUCAAUUGGAGACCCUUUCUGGUGCAUUCUCCCAUGCCUUUUAUUGUCAGUGCCAAUGCCUCACCACCUUCUAUUUACAGAGCUUCU